AUGACUAUUCCAGUGAGGACGAUCAGGACAAGGGACACCGGCAAAAAGGAAUGGGGGUCUGGGUGUGGCUCCAGAGCCCUCAAGGUGGGGCAGCUAGCUCAGACCUUCCCGGGUCAGGACCCCUCCAGCACAGCCCUGGCCCUGCUGAAACCAGGGUCGGCACCUGUCCUGAGCUUGCUCGGGAUUCCCAGUCGGGUGAGCCUCAGGGAGUUCAUCUCCGUCCCAGCGGCCAAAACUAGGCGGGACAAUCCUGCCCCACCCUUCAUCUUCAUCAUUCUCCCAGGGUUGGGGGGGGGUGCGCAGAGAGGGAGGGGAACAAAGCCCCAGAGCCCCUUCUCCCAGAAUCCUGCCCCUGCGUGCUCCCCACCCACCACCACCACUAACCCAGCUAGUGAAGGGCACAGGGCACGGAUCUGGGAGGUGAAUUUCCAGCCCAACGCGGGAGCCCGGGGAAGGGGGCGGGGCUGUGGCCAGGACGGGGGCGGGGCCAAGGCUGAGAACUUAACCGCCUGUCUGUCUAGGGAGGCCGCACUCCAGACGGGGCGACCUCCCCUCUGCGGCCGCCAGACCGAACGCGGCAUGAGGCGUCUUCUGGACGCCGGCCCCAGCCACAGCCCUGCCUGGAAGAGGCUGCUUCUAACAGGUAUCCUGAUCGCAUCCUGCACCUGCUCUGUCUCCUUGGAGCCGCCCUCCUCUGCGUCUCCAGAGCCCUUGACCGCAGGAGCCCGUGCCCCCCUGCCCGUCCCCGGAAGCCUCAAUGGCGCUCCCUCCACUUCUUGGUUCCGAGAGCACAAGACCCGGCUGGAAACCACGCUCUUCCCCCGCGAGGGCCUCCCGGGGCCCGGCCACACCAGCGGCCAGGAGACGCGGGACACCCAAGGCGACCCGAUCAUCAGACACGUGACAGCUGAGGACACAGUGCUGGAAGCCGGCAGAGGACGCAGGCGUGCGACAGAGCAGCUUCUAGGCAAAGCCAGCUCCAGCGGGGUGAUGCUGUUGACCUUCCCCAGUGCCGUCCAGGGCGUUAUCCAGAGUGACCUCAACUACUCAGUAAUCCUGGAGUGUUUGGCCUCUUACAUCACCCCCACACCCGUGCUGCACUGGACCCUCGACGGGGAGCCCUACGACACCGGGAAUAUGCUGAUCAUCCGGAGGUUGUCCUGGGGGCAUCUGGGCACCUAUGUGUGCACAGCCAAGAACAGCCAGGGAGAGUAUCCCUCCAGUCCUGUGACGAUCUCGCUGCCACAAGACAACGUGGAACCCACAGACGCUGAGCCCAUCGAACCAGACCCCGUUCUGUCCGUGUCAGGGGGAGCUGCCAUCGCCCUCCUGGUGGCUGCAAAUGUGGGGGCGAUGAUGCUGAUAGGAGGUGUGGGCUUCACCAUCGUCCAGAGCCUAAGGAUUCACCGACGAAGACUGCAGAUGUGCUGCUAAAGUGGGCACCCGUCUGUCAGCCUAAGAGGUGAUGCCAGGAAAGCGGCAAGAGCAUCCCGCGGCUGGGGAAAAGAGGAAGCUACCGGGCCUCCAGUCGAGACCCCCUCCCUCCUGACCGUUUGCCCGUGGGAUGUUCUCGUCUCGUUGAGAGUCCCGGGGACCGCUUUUCUCCCCUCUCUGCAAUUACCAGCCUCCCAUCUGCCCAGCUCACCAACCCCCGGGAAGCCACCUACACAAGUAGCCUGUAUUUCCUAAAAUUCGUGGGCUGUCAGCGAGAGAUACUCACUUAAGUGGCUCAAUAAAAACAAAAGGACGAAUUUA